UUUAUUUAUUCAUAGUUUUCCGUUCAGACCGGUUUUGUGAAACGAUUCAACUGAUUUAUUGAACAGUUUCGACUCAACGAUUCGUUCAUUGCUAGCGCUAGCGGAAACCGCUGGGACUGAGCAAGAGCAUGUGAGCUGCUCUGGAGUUUAACGCCUUCAAGUAACAUAUUGUCCAUGAAAAAUAAGUACGAAGUUUGUUUGUCAGGAUGUCCUGCUCUGCUCUGGGUCGACGGCUGGUUGCAUGUCUCCUGAACAUCUCAGAAGCUCGGAGAAGAGACCUGGUGGAGACAGUGGCUAGAUCAGCCAUCACUGACACACACGGAAAAAAGCGUGAAGGCAUCACAGUGCUAAACAUCUUCAAUGAUGUUGACUACAACCGCUCUGUCAUCACUAUUGUUGCAAGCAUUGACCUAAUAAGGGAGGCUGUACUGUCGGCUUGUGAGCGCGCAUGCUCUCUGAUUGACAUGAAUGUCCAUGAGGGCAUCCACCCAUGCAUGGGUGCAGUGGAUCUGGUGCCUCUCUAUCCACUGGGGGAGGAGGUGGGCCUUGAGGAUUGUGGAAAAUUGGCCCAGGCAUUAGCCACGGCUCUAACGGAACGAGUCACAGGUACCAGUGUCUUUUUGUUUGGCUGGGCUGAUUCUCCUCAGCGUCGAGGUCUGGCUAAGAGGAGAAAGGAGAUUGGCUGGUUCAAAAAGGUCUUGGAUAUGUCAACCAUCCAGCCAGAUGUAGGACCACAGCCCACAAGGAAAUAUGGUGUUACAGGUGUUGGAGCCAGCCCCUAUGUCAUGAAUUGUAACGUGACCAUCGAUACCCAGGAUCUGGCCGUGGGACGAAUUGUGGCUUCAGCAAUCCGUGAAUCCAGUCCUAGCGGUAUCCCUGGAGUUCAGGUCAUGGCUCUACCACAUGCAGGUGCUGUGGAGAUCGCUUGUAAUGUAGAGAGUUUUCAAGGUGGUCCUCCGUCUUUAUCUUAUGGUGAGGAAAAAUGGCCAAGCUUUACCAUUGGAGGGCAAAACUUCUGCCAUGCUCCAGCCUCACUAAUCACAGCACGAGUAGCAGAACUGGCUAGACACCAUGGUGUGGCCAUCAAGGGUACGGCCCUGGUGGGCUUUACCCCACGUGAGUGCCAGAGACUGGCAGAGGGAGCACUCUCAAAUGGCAUUGGAGAGUUCUGGAAAGAGCUGCAGCGUGUGCACAUGUGAACAAGCCAAAAGCUUUCACUUCUGUGCUAAAUUGCAGACCAAUCAAUGGUUAAUUAGAGGGCAUUGAUUGAGCCAUCAACAACUUGCCUGUUUGUUUACAAAAACAGUGCUUAAAGGUAUAUUUCAGCCGAAAAUGACAAAUCUUUCAUUAUUUACUCGCCCUCAUGUCACUCCAACUCCUAUCUGUCUUAUUGUCCUUCUGUAGAACACAAAAAAAUAAUUUUAGGAACAGUGGUAACCAUAAACUGUGUAAACAAACCAAAAAUUGUGUAGACAAAAACACUGGGACAUUUUUCCAAAUAUCUCCUUUAGAGUUCUACAGAAGAAAGUAAUGCAAGUAUGGAAUGACAUGAGGGUAAGUAAAUGACAGAAUUUUCAUUAAUAGUAUUCAUUUGGUUACAAUGUGAAUUUCAACUUUUAAUUAACUCAAAAGCCUGAAACGCCUGAUUAAUGAUGCUUUUUAUCUAAUGUUUUAUGUCAGUUUAAGUUGAUGAAAAAAGCCCACAUUCUGGGUAUAAUUAAGUUUUGCUCAAAUAGGACAAGCACAGUCAUGCUUGGAGUAACUAUAUUAUAUAGAGUGCCUUAUAUGUUAACAUGUAACAUGGAUAUAUUUUUAAUUCCUGCAUUUGAAGCAGUUCUGUGUAUGAAUGUAAAGGUUUUAAUGCCAUAAUAUGGGUUCAUUAACCGUACUUAUUCAUCACAUGAUGUUCUGCUCAUAGGUGUAUAUAAUUAUACAAAGGGUAAUUAGGCCAGGGCAGUUUGACUACCCCUCGAUGAUCUCAUUUGGAGAGUUAGGGAUGUCAGAUCUGGGACAGUUAGGUGAUUUAGUGCUUGAGGGAGGAAGCCUUUCCUAUUGCUCACAUACUAGAUUACACAUACUAUUACAAAAAUGCAUUGGAAGAAUAUCAGGGCUAGCAAGUACAGACAACAACAGGAACUCUAAUUUCACAAGCUGCUAAAGAUUGACUUAAGUGAUAUUUUUCAGAGGAACAAGAAUUCCGAUAAACAUGUUUUCAAAACAUUCACACAAGUUUGUGCUUGACUGAUGGGAUUAUAAAACCUAAGCAUGGGAUUCCUGACCUUACAGUUAUGCUUCCAUCUGGAAGGGAAAUAUACUGUCAAACAGAGACAGUCUUAUGCACAAAGACGGUCAAAUUAAAUGUGAUGUGGUGCUUUAAACAUAAGAUUCCAUCUGUUUUUUUUCUCUCACCUGUAAACAUUGCACUUGCUGCACCAGUGUUGUCAAAAAUCAAAACCGGUCUAGAUGGCACAGAAAAUAAAGUCUUGGGGACAGUAAACACUAAUUACAUACACUUCCUCUGAAUUCAGACAAUCCACAUUUGGUACAGAUUAAAAUAAGAAUGGGACACUAAGCAGCCGCAAAACUAUUACUGAAGCCACAAUUUUGACUUCAUGGCGGUUGAUUGCCGUGGCCC